AUGGCGAUGAUGAUGGCUGGCCGUGUGCUGCUGGUGUGUGCCCUCUGCGUGCUGUGGUGCGUUGCCGGCGGUGUUUAUGCGAGGGACGUUGACACCAACGCACUGGGUGGCUGCAUGGCGUCGGGAGUGUUGGGUGAGAAUGGAUCCCACAUGCCUGACGGAUGUAAUAAAACUGCGAUUACGGUGCCCUUGCGGUCAGUACUGCCCAUUACUGCCGUUGAAGCCUCGACUGGCGAAAGUGAUGCUGUUGCAACAAAGAACAAUUCGCAUUCAAGGGAGAAUUCCAACACUGGUGGCACUGGUUCUGCUGCUGGUGGACCUGGUGGUUCUGAUGCUUCUGCUCCUCCUUCUGGUCCUGCUGGUGUCGGGGCUUCUGGUUCUGGCUCUGCUGGUGGUGCUGGCGCUGCCGGGGCUCCUGCUGCUGCUGGUGGUGGAAGCAGUGAAUCUUCCACUGGCGGUCAUGGCACCGGUGACGUUUCUUCUGGUUCAUAUGCUUCUCCUUCUGCUCUUCCUCCUUCAGGUCCUCCUGCUCCUGCUGUUCCUCCUGCUCCUGAUGCUACCGUUGUUGAUACUUCAGCUGGCAGCAGUGGUGGUACAGCGGGGUCCUCAGGCAGUAAUUCAUAUAACACAACAGGGGACUCUUCAACAGGAGAUCAGUCUUCUGCUGCAGAGGCUAACGACUCCUCGCCACCCGAAGGAACGGCAGGAACGACAUCCGGCACUGGACACAAAGGACAAGAAAAAGAAGAGGAAGAGGAAAAUGAACAGCAGCAAAGUGAUGAAGCACAAGUCCAACAACACCAACAGCAUGAACACCCCGCGGAAAAUGGCGAAGAAUCCGCGAAAGAUAAAAACGCCCUUCGUACAAAUGCCACCGCAAAUACAGGCGACAGUGACGGCAGCACCGCGGUCUCCCACGCCACCUCCCCUCUUUUGCCUCUUCUUCUUCUUGUUGCGUGUGCGGCUGCUGCUGCGGUGGUGGCCGCGUGA